AUGCGUCAAUCUAUCCUCCUCGCCGCCCUCUCCGCGGUCACUGCUGUUGUUUCCCAGAACCAAAACUUCACCAUCGACAUCACCAAGGUCGAGGCCUCCACAAGAUCCGGAUGGUGCACUGCCCAGUUCAACUCUUGCGGCCUACUCUGCUUCGGCUCCCUCCAAAAGAACGACUGCGAACCUUCUGACCUGACUUACGAAUGCCUUUGCUCCAAUGGCACCACUCCCGGUCUUGACUAUUACGCCAACACCCUCCCUACUUUCAUCUGCGAGGAAGCCUUCAGCCAGUGCACCGCCGAGAGACAAGGUGGCAGCGCUUCCGAGCUGAGGAAGUGCACCACCGACAUCAAGGACCACUGCGGUACCCUCGACCCCGAUGACGCCACCCCCGGUGGCGGCGGCAGCAACGACGAGGACGAGGACGAGGCUAGCACCACUUCUCCCACCAACACCCAGGGCGCCGCUCAGACCAACCCUCCCGGCACGUCGACUUCUCAGGCUGCCGCUCCUACCAACUUUGGAAGCGGCAUUGCUGCCGUUGCUGCCGGUGUUUUUGCUGCUGCUCUUCUUUGA